GGUGCGUGCACGCGAGCCCGGGGCUGGUGGGGCUGGGCCACCUCCGCGCCCUGGGGGCCGGGCACAGCCCGGGGGGGGCAGCGCGUGUGUGCCCCGUCCUGGGGCCCGGGGGCAGCGCUGCAGGUGACCGCCGGGCUCUGGCCGCCCGCGCCCAGCUCUCUCCCUGUCCCCGCAGUCGAGCCCAAGGUGAGGGUCUCGCCCAUGCAGUCGAGCUCGCUGCCCCAGACCGACCGGCUGGCGUGCUACGUGACGGGCUUCUACCCCGCCGAGAUCGAGGUGAAGUGGUUCAAGAACGGCCAGGAGGAGACGAAGCACGUGGUGUCCACGGACGUGAUCCGGAACGGGGACUGGACCUACCAGGUGCUGGUGAUGCUGGAAAGCACCCCGCAGCACGGGGACACCUACCAGUGCCAGGUGGAGCACGCCAGCCUGAAGCGCCCCAUCACCCACGAGUGGGUGCUCCCGGCGGACGCCGCCAGGGGCAAGAUGCUGACGGGCGUCGGGGGCUUCGUGCUGGGGCUCAUCUUCCUGGCGCUGGGGCUCUUCCUCUACGUGCGCAGAAAGGGCGCAUCGCUCCCCCGGCUGCAGGGCUCCUGAAGCAGCUCCCGAAGCAGCUCCUGCGCCGCGGCUCCUCCGUCCCCAGCGCCGCCUCCGCCCCGCGCUCGCCCAGCUCCUGCCCUCGGCGCCCGGCCCCGCAGCCCCACGGCCCCGCGCUGCCCCCCGGGGUCGCCCCCUCCCUCGCUGCCGUCCCAGCCCGGCUUGGCCGCGGCCGCUGCGAGCCCCAAAUAAAGUGUCCCAGUGCCCUGCGGCCCUGCUGCUGUGGGGACGGUGGGGCAGGGGCGGGCACCGCCA